AUGACAAACAUGGCCGAGGUGGAGCUGGAGUGCGCUGUGUAUGGCGAAGCGACAGUGUUUUCCGUCAAGAUCGCACGCGAUACGAAAGUGAGCGCGCUGCAGGAGGCUAUCUUCGACAAGAAGAGAUACAAAGAGCGCUACCCUUUUGACGCAAGCGAACUGACGCUGUACUUGGCGAAGAAGGACGACGCAUGGUUGAAGGACGACGAUGGCGUGGAUGGCCUGUUGUCAGGAAAGACCGACACCGUAUAA